AUAGUAUUAGUGAAGAGAUACACGGACAAUAUACUAAACAUGACCAAUCAUACCCAAUUCAAUAGAGAGAUACGAGGAUGACCACUUAAUGCACCAUUCGACUCCACUACAAUCAGUUUAUUCGCCAGUUUUUGCUGGGUGCACCAAUAGGAGACCGGACUUGUAUACUACAAACCUGAAAUAUCCCAAGAUGAGAGACAGGAUCCAUCUUCACGAUAAAGCUCCCAACAACGUCGGCUCCGAAAAGUUAAAGCUAUAUAAGCAUAAUGCAAGACAACCCCUCCCUCCACCAGAUUAGAGAUUAUUCCCCUCCAUCUUCACAGCAACCCUGCCUGCGCUGCAUCUUGACCAGAACUAAUCAUGGCCACCGACACUCCUGUUCACUUUUUUGAUAUUACUUCAACUCUUCCCGGGCCGGCAAAGGCAUGGUCCGUUAAUACCUUCAAGACCCGCAUGGUCUUGAACUUUAAGGGCAUUCCCUACACACAAUCUUACAUUUCCUAUCCGGAUAUUGCUCCUUUACUUUCCCAUUACGGCGUUAACCCUCACGCCUCAGGGGCUCAAUAUACCUUCCCCGCCAUUCUGCACAAACCCUCCAUCGAUUCGAACGUCCACGGUGCGAUGCAGGACUCCCUCGCCAUCGCCACGCAUCUGGACCAGACCUUUCCCUCGCCACCUCUAUUCCCCUCCGGCGAUGCCAGUUAUGCGCUCACGCUCGCGAUGAUCAAGCUCCUCGGUAACGUCACCGAGAAAGGCGAAGCCAUUUUGAUUCCUAAAGUCGCCGAUCUGCUUGACCCCAGAGGCCAAGAGUACUUUGUCAGGACUCGGUCUGUGAUGUUCGGAAAGCAUCUGCCGGAGGUAUAUCCCAAGGAAGAGAGCGAGGUACAGGAGAUAAUCAAGGCAGCGAGUGAAGAAAUGGAGCCUGUUGCGCGAAUGUUAAGAGGCCGGCAUGGGAAAAGGGGGCCUUUCCUCGAGGGUGAGAAUCCAGGAUAUGCGGAUAUUCUGAUCGUCUCUUUCUUGGCUUGGGUCGAGAAGACCCAUAACACGCUUUUCCAAGGGCUGGUGAGUAUCGGGGAGGGCGAAGUGAAGGCACUCUUUGACGCUUGUUUGCCAUGGGUGGAAGGUCAAGGUGAGAUCAAGGAUUGGGAUAUCCCUAAAUGACCUGGACAGGGUUCAUCAGCAGUUAGAUGGGAAUUCCCGUUUCCUGACUUCAGGCAUGCGCGAGUUGGUUAAUCGCAGUGUUUAGUAUAUAGCAAUAGAGCAACCCCACAGAUAGAAGAGCAAAUUU